GGGAGCUGCAGAGCUGCAGCAAAGAGCAUCAGUUGAGGAACGCUAAAGUGCCCCGACUGGGGGAUUUAUAGCGAGGGUGGCAAAGAGGAGGAGGAGAGGCUGGGGAGUGCGCCUGUGCCUGUGUGUGGUUUUGGAGGGGAGGGCUGAUCGUAGCUCGGCUCUGCCUCUCCUCAGCCCCUCAGCCCUGCCGCCUCCCAACCCGCCCCCCUAAACCCGCUACCCCACUGCUCAAGGGGAGCCUUGAUGUGCUGCCAUCGGGACCCCGUCCAGAGGGGCGGGGGGGCAGGAGGAGGAGGAGGAGGAGGAAGGGGAGCAAGAGGAGGAGGAGGAGGCAGGAGAAGACGAAGAAGAGAAAAAUCUCCCCCGAGGAAGGGACCGCGGACAUUUCCCGGGGGUGCCAUCAAAGCCCUUUCGGAUCAUUAAGGCGCCCACCCAGGCCACGCUCGCCACCCCCUCGUCUGCCCGAUCGUCUGGCGUUCGGGGCUUGGGGGGGCGGGUGGAGAGAGGAAGAGAGCGAGCGGGCGACAGAGGCGACUAUGACUGGGAAUCCGUCAGUGGCCAGCCAGCGUUCCCAGCCACGGCACGAGACUUGAUGGAAGCUCUGGUUGGCUUGCUCCUCUCUUGUGAACAGGAUGACACCUCCCACUGCAAUGAGACAAUGUGCUGGAAGGAAUGAAGGCCUCUAGAGCUCUUAAAAAUGUUGGUUAGAGCUGCUAAAAGAGGACCAGUGAAGAUGCUGGCAAAGCUCCAUGUGCUUGCUCUGGCUUUCUUUUCCGAAGGAAUCUUCCUUACUCUGGGUGACCACAAUUUUAUAAGGAAAGAAAUCAAAAUUGAAGGAGAUCUGGUUUUGGGUGGUUUGUUCCCAAUUAAAGAAAAGGGCAGCGGUACAGAUGAAUGUGGGAGAAUCAAUGAAGACCGAGGUAUCCAGCGUCUGGAGGCAAUGUUAUUUGCUAUUGAUGAGAUCAACAAAGAUAGCAAUCUGCUCCCGGGAAUUAAACUUGGAGUUCAUAUUUUGGAUACUUGCUCACGGGACACAUAUGCAUUAGAACAGUCUCUGGAGUUUGUCAGGGCUUCUUUGACUAAAGUGGAUGAAGCAGAGUAUAUGUGCCCUGAUGGGUCAUAUGCAAUUCAAGAAAACAUCCCAUUACUCAUUGCAGGUGUUAUUGGAGGUUCUUACAGCAGUGUCUCCAUACAGGUUGCAAAUUUACUUCGGCUCUUCCAAAUUCCUCAGAUAAGCUACGCCUCCACCAGCGCCAAGCUGAGUGACAAGUCUCGGUAUGAUUAUUUUGCACGAACUGUGCCACCUGACUUCUACCAAGCAAAAGCCAUGGCCGAGAUCCUACGGUCCUUCAAUUGGACCUACGUCUCAACAGUCGCUUCAGAAGGUGAUUACGGUGAAACAGGGAUCGAAGCUUUUGAACAAGAAGCUCGUCUCCGAAAUAUAUGCAUCGCCACCUCAGAGAAGGUAGGCCGCUCCAACAUACGAAAGUCCUAUGACAGCGUCAUCAGAGAGCUUCUCCAGAAACCCAACGCGAAGGUGGUUGUCCUCUUUAUGCGCAGCGAUGACUCCCGGGAACUCAUUGCUGCUGCAAAUCGGUUCAAUGUCUCUUUUACGUGGGUUGCCAGUGAUGGCUGGGGUGCACAGGAGAGUGUCGUGAAGGGUAAUGAGCAUGUUGCAUAUGGUGCAAUAACCCUGGAGCUUGCUUCCCAUCCAGUAAAAGAGUUUGACCGAUAUUUCCACAGCCUUACCCCAUAUGAUAACCACCGUAAUCCCUGGUUCAAGGAUUUUUGGGAGCAGAAAUUUCAGUGCAGCCUUCAGAACAAAAAGGCCCACCGAAGAUCUUGUGACAAACAUUUAUCUAUCAACAGUUCCAACUAUGAGCAAGAGUCCAAGAUCAUGUUUGUCGUGAAUGCGGUAUAUGCAAUGGCACAUGCCUUGCAUAAAAUGCAACGGACCCUGUGCCCAAACACAACCAAACUCUGCGAUGCCAUGAAACAUUUGGAUGGCAAAAAGCUCUACAAGGACUACCUACUGAAAGUCAACUUCACAGCUCCAUUCAGUUCUUCCAAAUCUGCAGACAACAUUGUUAAAUUUGAUACCUAUGGAGACGGGAUAGGCCGAUACAAUGUCUUCAAUUUCCAGCGCAAUGGAGGUAAAUUCUCCUAUGUAAAAGUUGGCCAGUGGGCAGAAACCUUGACUCUCGACGUUGAUGCCAUUCACUGGUCCAGAGGUGUUAUCCCCACUGCCCAGUGCAGUGACCCCUGUGCACCCAAUGAGAUGAAGAACAUGCAACCUGGGGACGUCUGCUGCUGGAUUUGCAUUCCUUGCGAGCCCUUUGAGUACCUGGCGGACGAAUUCACCUGUUCAGACUGUGGGCUUGGGCAAUGGCCCACUGUGGACCUCACCAGCUGUUAUGACCUGCCAGAAGAUUACAUCAGGUGGGAGGAUGCUUGGGCGAUAGGGCCCGUGACCAUCGCCUGCCUGGGCUUCAUUUGUACUUUCCUGGUCGUGGGAGUCUUUAUCAAGCAUAACAAUACUCCCUUGGUCAAAGCCUCCAGUCGGGAACUGUGCUACAUCCUGCUCUUUGGAGUCUUCCUCUCCUAUAGCAUGACGUUCUUUUUCAUCGCCAAGCCCUCCCCGGUCAUUUGCACCCUGCGCCGUUUGGGCCUGGGCACCUCAUUUGCCAUUUGCUACGCUGCUCUCCUGACCAAAACAAACUGCAUUGCCAGAAUAUUUAAUGGAGUGAAGAAUGGGGCUCAGCGCCCUAAAUUCAUCAGCCCUCGUUCUCAGGUCCUCAUUUGCCUGAGUCUCAUCAUGGUGCAGGUUGUGGUAGUGUCCGUGUGGCUGAUUUUGGAGGCCCCAGGCACUCGCAGGUACACCGUCCCGGAGAAGAGGCAGACUGUCAUAUUGAAGUGCAAUGUCAAGGAUCCCAGUAUGUUAAUUUCUUUAACGUAUGAUGUAAUCCUUGUAGUCCUAUGCACUGUCUAUGCCUUCAAAACAAGGAAGUGCCCAGAAAACUUCAAUGAGGCCAAAUUUAUUGGCUUUACAAUGUAUACAACAUGCAUUAUUUGGCUGGCCUUUCUACCAAUCUUUUAUGUGACAUCGAGUGACUACAGGGUUCAGACGACAACAAUGUGCAUUUCUGUAAGCCUGAGUGGCUUUGUUGUCUUGGGAUGUUUGUUUGCCCCCAAAGUGCACAUUGUCCUCUUCCAGCCACAGAAGAAUGUAGUCACUCACAGGCUGCAUCUCAACAGGUUCAGUGUCAGUGGGACAGGAACGACAUAUUCCCAAGCUUCAGCUAACGUGUAUGUUCCAACCGUCUGCAAUGGAAGAGAAGUUGUGGAUUCCACCACCUCCUCUCUGUGAUUAUUCAGUUGGUUCUUGCAUUCUUAGACUGUUAGGAGGUAUAGCACAUUUCUUGUGCAUUGGGGAAAAAGAACAUUUUAAAAGGACUAGCAUUUUUUUUCUAGAAACUGUGUAAUAUAUUAUUUUUGAGGACUGUACAGUAUAUAGUGAUGUUCUUUUUAGAACAGCUUUCAAACUCCUCUGUGAUUAACAGUUCCAAGGGAUGUGUAAAUAACCAUGCCUUGCAGUGUUACCAUGUUGACUCAACAGUGAGAGAAGGAGCGGUUGCCAUGUUUGGUGGCUUUCUUUCUAAUGAGAUUUUUUUUCCAUUUUUUUGUAAUUCCUUGUUGUAAUUUACCUAGACAGCAUUUGUAUGUUGUAUAUUAUGAUUACAUUCUGUGCAGCAGAUGGUUUUCACAACAGUAUUAAUUAAUGUAAAGAUGGUCAAUAAUAAAAUCUGAAAAGUUUUCCAG